CGAGCUCACAUCAGCAGCAUACGCGCAGCCUCUCUGCAUCCCGACACCAGCCAGCGCGAGCAUCACUGCGCAGCACGGGCUCGGCACCGCGCGCUCCACCCGAACGACCGACCGAACCGACUCUCUUACGGAAAAAAAGGAUUUUAUACCUGAGUUGCGAAUUGUUUCUAACGGAUUCGUUUUGCGGUGCUUCGUCGCCUCUCUAUGGACGUGGAGUAGCGGUUCUUCACGGUCGCAUCCUACACCGAGGCACAAAAUGGCUGAGAUCUCCGAACUACGAGCCGCCUAUGUCAUGUCCCCCGUGCUGGCGGGCUUCCUGGGCGCGGGGGUGCUGGUGGUGGUGGUGGUGGUGCUGGUGGUGCUCUGGACCUUCUGCCAGCGCCGCUACCAGCGCUCGGCCGGCCGCCACAAGCUGUACGGCGACCGCUACUGCGACCCCCCCGAGGACCCGCCCUACAAGUUCAUCCACAUGCUGAAGGGCAUCAGCAUCUACCCCGAGUCGCUCAGCAGCAGCCAGCGCAUCUUCAGGGGCGCCCCGGGGGCCCGGGUCCGCCGGGCCGACCGGGGGGGCGACGCCGAGCGGGCCGGGGGCGGCGCGGCCCGCGGCAUGGUGCUGGUCGACGCCGAGAACAACAUCCUGGACGUCCCGGGGCAGCUGCACAUGAGCCACCUGGUGCCGCCGGGCGGGGCGGCGGCGGCGGCGGGCGGCGGCGUGGGGGGGGCGCGGCUGGACCGGGCGCUGCCCGUCCGCGCCGACUACUGCUGCCUGGAGAGCAGCGAGAGCGGCAGCAGCGGCAGCGAGAACGGCUCGCCCUUCACGCCGGCGGCGGCGGCGGCGGGGGGGCCGGACGGCGAGCCGGCGCUGGGUACCAUCAGCCUGGCCGUGGACUACAACUUCCCCAAGAAGGCGCUGGUGGUCACCAUCCUGGGGGCGCGCGGGCUGCCUGCCGUGGGCGGGGGCGAGGGCGGGGCCAGCGCCGACCCCUACGUGAAGAUGACCAUCCUGCCGGAGAAGAAGCACCGUGUGAAGACCCGCGUGCUGCGCAAGACGCUGGAGCCGCAGUUCGACGAGACGUUCACCUUCUACGGCGUGGCGUACAGCUCGCUGUCGGAGCUCACGCUGCACUUCCUGGUGCUCAGCUUCGACCGCUUCGCCCGCGACGACGUCAUCGGAGAGUCGCUGGUGCCGCUGAAGGGCGUGGACCCCAGCACGGGGCGCGUGCACCUCAGCCAGCAGAUCAGCAAGAGGAGCAUGCUGUGUGAGAGCCGUGGAGAGCUGCUGGUGUCGCUGUCCUACCAGCCCGUGUCCCACCGUCUCAGCGUGGUGGUGCUGAAGGCCCGACACCUCCCCAAGAUGGACAUCACCGGCCUCUCCGCAAACCCCUACGUGAAGGUCAACGUGUUCUACGGCCGCAAGCGCAUCGGCAAGAAGAAGACGCACGUGAAGAAGUGCACGCUGAACCCGGUGUUCAACGAGUCGUUCAUCUACGACGUGCCCCCCGAGCUGCUGCCCGAGAUCUCGGUGGAGUUCCUGGUGGUCGACUUCGACCGCACCACCAAGAACGAGGUGCUGGGCCGCCUGCCGCUGGGCCUGCACAGCCCCUGCCCCUCCGGCACCUCCCACUGGACCGAGGUGUGCGAGAACCCACGCCGGCAGAUCUCCAAGUGGCACAGCCUCAUCGACUACUGAAGAGCACCGCCUCCUCCUCCUCCUCCUCCUCCUCCUCCUCAUCCUCCUCCUCCUUCCGCUCGACAACGAGGAGGGGGACUGCUGGACUGAUGCUACUGAAGAGGAUCACCUCCUCCUCCGGCUUCUUCUGCUCCUCCUUCUGCUCCUCCUCCUCCACCACAAGGAGGAGGAGGAGCAGGUGGAGGAGGAGGAGGAGGAGGAGGAGGAUGAGGAGGAUGGAUUACUGAAGAGGACCUCCUCCUCCUCCUCCUCCUCCUCCUGGAGGAGGAGAAGGAGGAUGAGGAGGAAAGACAUCCCCACUGUUGGACUAAUGCAGUGGAAACCAUCAACCCACAGAUCUACACACACACACACACACACACAUUACAUACCUGCAUACCAACACACACACACACACACACACCCACCCACACCCGAAUGAACCAAACAUGUACACACACGGCAAACACACACCCACACACACACACACACACACCUCUUUCAUUCUCUCGCCCGCUCUCUCUCUCUCUACGCUACAUUUACAAACUACUAUGAACAGGACGUCAUGGAAACGCACAACAGCCGUUUUCCUCGAUCCAACCGUAACCAUGAAUGCAUCUGCGACUGUUACCGUGGUGAUCAGCCUCCAGGCGAGAGCGAGUGCGUUGAAAAAGAUGAACAAAACAAAAGAACCAAGAACAAAAGAUUGAAAACCAUCUCCUCCUCUCGCUGUCGUUGUCAUGCAGCUCAUCGCAUGUUUGUACCAAGAAAAAAAAAAAACACAGUGGAAGGCGGGGCGAAAAGACUAGACCUGCUGAGGCCAACGCUGACAUCACUCUUCACCCAUUGGCCGGCCGGCGUGCCCAUCAACGGGGUCCGGCGGUGAGGACCUCAGGCACCCACCCCCGAACCCCCCCUAAAUGGAUUUUAACAUAAAGAAUUAACCCUGACUAAAUCAAAAAACACGUUGUUUUUUCGUCCAGAGUUAACCGACUAAAAGUGUCACUAUUAUAUUAUCGUAAAAGUCUUGACUGUGUUGUGUGGCAAUGGACGGCUGGUGAUCAGCCAGCAUGCGCUCUCUCUCUCUCUCUCCCCCCCUCUCUCUCUCUCUCUCUCUCUCUCUCUCUCUCUCUCUCUCUCUCUCUCCCCCUCUCUCUCUCUCUCUCUCUCUCUGAAGGCUCCAGGUGUGAUGUCAUCAGACCUUGGUCUCCCGGUCGCCCACCCUGAGCACCCCCCCCCCCCCCCCCCCUUUCAUGCUCACCCCUCACCCCCCUCAUACACCCGUUAAGAAUAGACAAAUGAAUAAAGAAUAGAUUCGACGUACGGAGAGAAUCCAGGGCGGACGAGGCUUCUAAAAACAUGGCCGCCGCCUCCUGCUAGCGCUAGCCGUUAGCCUCCGCACCACCUGUAUAUUUAUUUUUUAACAUUGACAGCCUCGUGAAAAACCUCCUCCAGACUCGUCUGUCACUUCUCGGCUCCAGCUCUUCUUUUGUAUAUUCUCAUCGUAUCCACGACCAAAAUCGUAACCUGAUUUGCACUAAUCCAUAUGUAUGAUUACCGGCUGUGUGACCGUAGACUAACCACAACAACAUCAACAACAAACUGUUGUUGACCUUCCACCUCUGUCUGCCCCUGACCCCGCCCCUGACAGACGGGGGUUCGACCACACAACCUCGCGGUCUGCUCAGACCUGGGAUAAGCAGAAGGCCGGUCACUGCGUCUCAUCAUAGAUCGAUAGUUUAGCCCGAUAACUCGUUAAGACGAGACGAGAGAAGGUUAAUUAACCCUGGACCCAAGCACGAACCCUCCAGGUCCGAGCGCAUUUCUUCCAAGUCCAACCAGACAUAAGGAAAGGGGUCGUAACGUGAGGUAGCCAUGGUCGGCACGUUGAGGUCAGCGCCAUCGCGCAGAAACCCUGAUGCUGUUUGGACGGGUCACACCAACCAAUCAGCGUCGAGCAGCAGCCUGAUGCUGACGGCUUGGGCCACGCCCACCUCCGUGACAUCAGCCUGUGUGACGAUGCGUCAGUAAAACAGAAGCUACUACCGCUCCACCCCGCUACUAAAACACGCCCCUCUCCCCGCGUUGACCACCCAUCAUCAUAUCAUCCACGCUACGGGUCGUACUGGUCGGCUCCGUGUACAACUGUAUAUAUAUAUAAACGUUCCGCUCCCUCUCGACGUGUGCUGUAAAUAUCCCUGUGUGCUGCUGCUUGUAGAUGUCCCAGAGUCCGCGCCGGUGGUCUGUGCUUUAGCGGACGCUGCUGUGUGUGUUUUCUAAGCGUAGGUCGAGGAGGGGGGAACCCGGAGAGGACCUCGCUGUUGUUUCUGGUGGUUCGUGUCCGCCGCCGCCCAAACUACUGUCAGCUCUGUUAACCUGCAAAUAAAAACAAUUUAGCCAUCGUCAUGACGACUG